UGGCUGGAGCUUGCCGAGCGCUUUCUGGAGCCUGUGAAUGAACCCUCCUCCCCUCCCUCCUCCUCUCCCUCCUCCUUCUGCUCGCCCAGUCUCCUCCUCGGUGCUGACGGUACCGUGAUAUAAUGAUGAUGGGUGUCACAACCCGCAUUUGAACUUGCAGGCGAGUUGCCCCAAUCCUUUCUGGGGAAGAGCUCAAGACGCGAGGGUGCAGCCGCCGCCAGCAUUGGGUCCUAGGGACAGAAGCUGGGACCGGGAUCGGCGAGCAGCCCGCAUCCUCCAAGCCCCCAGCAUCGUCCGCCACCCUCCGCCGCCCUUCCCCAAGCCACCGGGCUUCAUAUGUGACCCGCCCCGGCGACCCGGAGCCCAUCGCCGCGCUGCAGGCCAGUCUGCCCUUCGGCUGCAAUCAGCUGCCUUUCAAGGACAAGAUGUUGAUAAAUAUAAAAAGCAUCUUAUGGAUGUACUCAACCUUAAUAGUAACCCAUGCACUACAAAAAGUCAAAGUGGAAAAAAGUCCACCUGUUAAAGGCUUUCUCGCGGGAAAAGUCAGUCUACCUUGCCAUUUUUCAACCAUGCCUACCUUAGCACCCAGCUCUAACACCAGCGAAUCUCUCAGAAUCAAGUGGUCUAAGAUCGAAGUGGACAAAAGUGGAAGCGAUUUAAAGGAGACUACGGUUCUUGUGGCCCAACAUGGAAAUAUCAAGGUCGGUCAAGACUACAAAGGGAGAGUGUCAGUGCCUACACACCCAGAGGCCGUGGGCGACGCCUCCCUCACCGUGGUUAAACUGCGUGCCAGUGACGCAGGCGUCUAUCGGUGUGACGUCAUGUAUGGGAUUGAAGACACCCAGGACACGGUGUCACUUGCUGUAGAUGGGGUUGUGUUUCACUACAGGGCUGCAACCAGUAGGUAUACUCUAAAUUUUGAGGCUGCAAAGAAGGCUUGCUUGGACAUUGGAGCAGUCAUAGCAUCUCCGGACCAGCUGUUUGCUGCCUAUGAAGAUGGAUUUGAGCAAUGUGAUGCAGGUUGGCUGUCGGAUCAAACUGUUAGAUAUCCCAUCCGGGCUCCUCGAGAAGGCUGCUAUGGAGACAUGAUGGGAAAGGAAGGAGUCAGGACUUACGGAUUCCGUUCUCCUCAGGAAACCUAUGAUGUGUAUUGUUAUGUGGACCAUCUAGAUGGAGAUGUGUUCCAUAUCACCGCUCCCAAUAAGUUCACCUUUGAGGAGGCUGCAGAAGAGUGUGAAAACCAGGAUGCUCGUCUGGCGACUGUUGGCGAGCUGCAGGCGGCGUGGAGAAACGGCUAUGACCAGUGUGAUUAUGGGUGGCUUCUGGAUGCCAGUGUGCGUCACCCCGUGACUGUGGCCAGGGUCCAGUGUGGAGGUGGUCUCCUUGGGGUGAGAACCCUGUAUCGUUUUGAGAACCAGACAGGCUUUCCUCCCCCUGAUAGCAGAUUUGAUGGCUACUGCUUUAAACCUAAACAGAAUAUAUCAGAGGCUACAACUACCGAAAUGAAUAUCCUCAUAGAAACAGCAGCAGCCAGUUUAUCCAAAGAACCACAAAUGGUAGUCGACAGAACCACACCAAUCAUCCCUUUCACUACCAAAUUACCUAUCAUUACCACAACGUUCCCUCCCGCAGGAAAUAUAGUCAAUUUUGAACAGAAAUCCACAGUUCAAUCACAGGCUGUCACAGACAGAUUAAUCACUAAAUCACCCAUACCUGCAUGGGAUAUGAAGAAGCCUUGGGAUACAGGCAAGUCACCGUCUGCUUCAGGACCACCUGAAAAGCCAGACACAGUCGACAUUAAGGAAGAAGUACUCAGAAGUACUACUGGUAUCUCCCAUCAUGCUACUGACACAUGGGAUGGUGUCACAGAACAUAUGCAAACAGAAGAAUCAGUUACACAGGCUGAACAAAUAGAAGUGGGUCCCUUAGUCACAUCAAUAGGGAAUUCAAAGCACUUUCCUUCCAAUGAAUUGUCUACCACUGACACACCAUUUGCAAUGGAAAAGAAAGCUAUAAGCAGGAUUCCUGAGUUGGUGACCACAAGGGACUAUGGAUUCACCUUGGGAGAAGAUGAUAGUGAAGACAGAACACUUACAAGUAGAUCUGGUCAGAGCACUUGGGUCUUUAGUCAAAUACCAGAAGUCAUUACUGUAUCAAAGACCUCAGAAGACACCACACCCUCUCGGCUUGAAGACCUGGAGUUCACAUCAGCAUCCACAAUUGUUUCACCUGUAACUGUGUCUGACAAAGAUGGAUCCUCUACAGACAAUGGGGAGGAAAAACAAACCAAUGCUAGGAUAACUGAAGAGUUUUUUGACCAGUUUGUACCUACUAGACCUUUUGUACCACAACAUAUUACAGAAGUAGAAUUGUUUCCUUAUUCUGGUGAUACAAUAUUAGUAGAAGGAACACCCACAGCUAUUCAUCCCUCACCACAAACAGAAAUAACACAACUAAAAGAAAUAACAACAACACUAAGACCAGAAGAGAGAACAGAUACUUACACAGAUGAUGAAAUGCAAGAAAAGGUGACCACAGAUUCACUGACACAUAAACUAGAAGACGAUUUCUCUGGAAUGAAGAUCUCUACACCUUCUUCUGAGCAAGUUGAUUUUACAGAGCCUUCUGUGGAAAUGGCAGAACCUUCUAUUUCUCCAGCAUUGACAACAGUGAAACUAAGAGUGAUGCCAACAGAAGCAAGAGAUGUGGAGGAAGUCGCCACAGCUCGUAGAUCAGAAACAGAUGACUUUCAAGAUACUAUCAAGUAUGAUGAAGAUAUUACAACAGCCCAUAUGACCCACAGUGCUUUCGUGGAGGUGGUCACUGUCUCAAAAUGGUCACAGGAAGAAACCAAUGCAACAUUAAAGCCCUUAAAUGACACAGAACAUGAAGGAGCCCCCAAGUUCCCCUCGAUCUUACUCACCACUGUUGGAGUGAAUGGGAAGGAUGAAGAAGCCCCAAGUUUCACAGAAGAAGGAAGAGGGCAAUUUGCUUUUAUUCCAGACAGUACUCAAUCACCACUGGAAAAGUUUACUGAGAAAGACUUAACUUUGGGGAGAUUCACAGUUCAAGAGCAGCCAACUCCACCAGUGGGCACUGCAGAGAUGUCAACUCUGAGAGAGUCUACAACUGAAGGAAGAGUUCUACCUACCACAAGCCCAGAAGGUCAGGUUGUUCAGGAAACCCUGGAAGGAAGUUCUAUGGGUGAAGAAGAGGUAGACGUCUCCAAACCGCUAUUUACUCUGCCUCCAGUUACACACACCUCAGAGGCAGAAGAAUUGGCAUUUGUUAGUGAUAGUAGCACUCAGGAGCCUACUCCUUAUACUUCCCACACCAUUCCAUUUUCUGUAUUUCCUGAGACAGAAUGGGGAGUAUUAUUACCUUCUGCUACAUCGGAAGGUGAAGUUCUAGGUGAACCCUCCGAAGACAUACAAGUCAUUGAUCAGACUCUCCUAGAAGCAACUAUGUCUCCUGAAAUGUUGAGAACAACCAUAGAAACCACACAGGGAACAACACAGGAUGAAUUUAUUUGGAAAGAACAAACCACCAGAACACCAGUGCUUCCUCACACUUCUACCACAAGCAUGCCCAAAGAGGCAACACCUUUUGAAGAAGAGGGUAAUGGAUCAGCAUAUACAGUCUUUGAAGAUAGAUUGGUGACAGGUUCUGAGACAGUCUCGGUUUUAGAACCCACGCCAGCUGGAAAAAUUGAAGAUGGUCUGGCAUAUUCACCUGGCACAAUCACUGAGCACAAAGCAGAAACAGAUGAGACGGUCACAUUAACAUUGAGCAUCACCCCAAAAAUAGUUGCAAGUACAGAACCUGGAGAAAAAUAUGAAGUGGAAGGGAGUACUUCAACAGAGUUUGUGUCACCUUUGCAUCCUUUUAGCACUGAUGUCACCACACUAUUCAGGGAAACCACCACAGAGGAAAGAGAGAAAACAUCCCUGGAUGACAUUGAGGUAGGCUCAGGAUUAUUUGAAAAGCCCAGAGCCACAGAACUUUCAGAAUUAUCAACGAUUAAAACCACAGUUCCAAGUGAUAUCAGUGCAGUAGACAGACUUCACCCAACAUCAGCAUUUGAGCUGCCUUCAACACCCACUGAGAAGCCAUCUCUAAUUGACGGGGAACCCAGCGAGAAAAGCAUGGUACUCGUUACAGAUAAAACAUCUCAGGUCCCUCCCCAAACCCUCACUGAUAGGACAGCUAAGGAACUAGAAACUGGCAUAGAUAGAGAAUUUUACUCAACUUCAAGAACUUCUGCUACCCAGCCAACAAGAAUACCCAUUUUGGAAAGCAAAGAGGCCGUCAAACCUCACGCAUAUUCCACUCCACAGCCCCCAGAAGGGACAACAUUCCACCAUGACAUAAAUGUUUAUAUUAUUGAGGUCAGAGAAAACAAGACAGGUCGAAUGAGUGAUUUGAGUGUAAUGGGUCAUCCAAUAGAUUCAGAAUCUAAAGAAGAUGAGCCUUGUAGUGAAGAAACAGAUUCGAUGCACGAUCUAAUUGCUGACAUUUUAACUGAAUUACCCAGUGUCAUAGACAUAACUAUCUAUCAUGGUGAAGGGAACGAAGAGGAAGAUGAUGACUGUGUGAAUGGCACUGACGUGACAACAACCCCAUCUGUGCAGUACAUAAAUGGCAAGCACCUCGUCACCGCGGUGCCCAGGGACCCAGAAGCUGCAGAAGCCAGGCGUGGCCAGUUUGAAAGUGUUGCACCUUCUCAAAAUUUCUCUGACAGCUCUGAGAGUGACAGCCACCAGUAUGAAAUGACAGAAACAGAACUCUCUAAUAGAGUCCAACCCAAUGAAUCCCAAGAAACCACUGAUUUUCUGGAAAUGACCUGGAAACCUGAGACUUUCCCUGAAUCAACAGAGCAUUUUUCAAGUGGUGAACUAGAUACCUUCCCUACAGUCCCAUUCAUUGAGGGAAAAGACACAGAGAGAGCUGAAUCCACCACGAAGAGAAGUUUUGAACUUGAAAACCUGACAUAUGAGCCUGAUGAACCUGCACCUCUACUUCCUGAGGAGUCUUCAGGACACGCAGCCAUUGACCAAAUAGCUCAGAAAAUGGUCCUUUCUAGAGCUACAGAAGCAACACUAGGUGAAGAGGCAGAAAAUAUUCCUAUCACAUAUCCUCCCAGAAUGCUUCCAAGCUCUGUAUCAACAUAUGUGUCAGAGGAAGGAUCAGUUACCCAAACAGGAAAUCUACAGCCUGAUGACUCCUUGUCUACCAUAGAAAGCUGGGUGGAACUAAUACCUGGACACAUUGCAGAGUUCUCAGGGAGUUCUUCAGCCCCAAUUCUAGAAGGCUCUGGGGAAGUAGAAGAAUAUAAAGAUAAAAUGUUUGCCUCAGCCACUGAUUUAUUCCAGAUGAAUACUACAGAUGCACUCAUUAAUUUAGAUUCAAGCAAUAAACCAAUCACAGAGAGUCUUUUUGAUGUUCCUGAAACUCCUGUGUCUACAGUUUCAGAACAACCUUUGUUGCCUACUCAAUUUUUAAGUGAAGUAGACACUUCUGACUGGGGCUUGAGUGUAUACCUUGAAGGAAAGCAAAAGAAAGAGGAGAAGGAGGGAGCUACAGGUACAGAUUCUAGAGCUGAGAUACACUCUACAACACUUGGAGCAACAGAACUCCUCUUACCCCUUGAAUCAGGAAGCGCCAGCAUAGCUCCAUCUAGUGACCCAACUAUGGCCAAUGAAAGUUUUUUGGCUCUAAUGAGCCCCACAGAGCCUGGGAAGGAAAUGAGAAAUUCUACUCCUAUCUUCACAGAAAUGAAUGUGACAAUCAGUAUGGGCGAACAGCCUUUUGAACAAAGUAGUAGCAGCAAGUUGAGGGCCCAGGAGGAGCUGUCCACUCUUCAAAGUAGCCCCAUGUCUUAUUUUAUGGAGCAAGGCUCAGGAGAAGCUGCUACCACCCCAGAAUCCAUGACUGUUUCAUUUUCACUAAAUUUAGACUCUGAAAUUCAAACCCCCAAAGAAGCAGCUGGCACCCUAUCUCCUCAUGUAGAAACCUCAUUCUCCUCUGAGCCAACAGGACUAGCUUUGAGUACUGUCAUGGACAGGGAAGCGAUUGAAAUUAUAAACCAGACAUCCAAGGAAAAACUGAUUGCAGAAGUGGCAGGAGCACCAACUGACAGGACAGAAAUGAGGAACUUUUCCACAGGAAAGCCUGUGGAAGAAGGUUUCAGUGGUGACUCUGGAGACUACUCACCAGAGUCUCAUUCUAUUACAAGUGGCAGUACAGUGAUGGAAGGCUCUGGGUAUGCAUCAAGUACGAAUAGUCUGAUUUCACCAUCUAUAAUACCUACUUCAGACCACAGCCAUCUGUUGUCUAACUCAACAGGAUCCAGUAGCUCCCUGGUCAGCACCUCAGCCUUCCCAUUGGAAGACUUUGCAGCUUCAGCUGAGGGCUCAGGUGAGCAACUGGUCACAGCCAGAAGCUCUGUUAACCUGAUGAGUCCCACUGGUAUGGAAAACUUUUCUGAUACAGAUUCUUCAUCGCUUGAUCAAGGAUUGGGAAAAGUGAGUGCCAUGAAUGAAACAGACAAAAGCGUCACCAUUUUACCAACAGUAGAAGCUGAAAGUACUGUAGAUUCAAUAGAAAAGGGAGAAGUAAAGGUCAAUGGCAAAUUUUCAGCGGACUUUCUCCAAACAAUAGAGCCAGCUACAUUAUGGUCUAUGCCAGCAAUCAGUUCUGUAAGCCAAACAGUUGAAAGUACAACGGUAUCAGACAGAACGACUCAAGAACAAACGCCUUUCGAAUUCUUCCAAAGUUCUCUUGUAUCAGAACAUACAAUUUUUAAUUCACAAGUAAAUCCUGAACCCCAAACCCCAGAUGAUUCUAUACUAACAACGAAGAAGACUUUUAGCAAUGGUAAAGAAGUGGAGGAAGAAAGCAUUUCUUCAUUUCAUAUGUCUACCCCAUAUCCAGAUGCAAAAGGCUUGGAGUUCUAUACUCCUCUCCCUGAGACUACUGGAGGACCAAACUCUUCCUUAGCUCCUAUCUUAGUGACUGAACUUCUGUCCACUGGGAAUGUGCAAACAGAUUCAUCAACUGAUGAGGAUGGAAGAAUAGAAAUCUUUCCCAAAGGUAUGAGACCAACAAUUAAAGAGUCAGAUACUACUGACCUCUUAUUCUCUGGAUUAGGGUCUGGAGAAGAAGUAUUGUCUCCUCUACCUACAAUGUCAGUGAAUUUUACUGAAGUGGAACAGUUCAUAAGCACAUCAUAUCCCCACACAACAAGUUUAGCAACAAGCCUCCCAAGUGAUAACGUGGGAAACUAUGAGAGGAUCACAAGUUCAGCAAAUGAAAUUAGCGCAUUCAUUUCCCAAACAGACACCAUCUCUGAAGGGACAGAGUCAGUAUCUGACACAACCUUAAUAAAACUAUUAAGUGACAUUGGAGCAGAAGGACCUACUACAGUAUCUCUUCCACUUUCUAAAGACAUUGAUCACCCUCCAAAUCUGACCCUUAAAUGGGAGGAAGAAAUCCGCACCAGUGAACCACAAACCAUAACUGAACAAACUUCUAAUAAGAAUUCUUCAGCUUCAGAACCUACAGAAACAUCAACCUCUUCAGCUGUUUUUCUGCCUAGAACGUACAGUCUUGAAAUGGCCAAAGAAUUUAUGUCAAUACCAAUGCCAUCUGACAUGUCUCAUGAAAAUUCUGGAGAAGGAUCUGGAGAAAUGAAUGGUUUUGAUUUAUUGCACGCUUCUGAAACAACUCAGGCCACCAAGCAAGGAAACACUCCAUUUGUUUCUGACGGUAUCCUGGAAAAGCACCCGGAAGCACCAUAUGCUGAUGCUGGGAAUGCUGAUGUGUCUCCAACCAUCUCAGCAAUGCUGCCUCUCCCUCCAAGAGCACAUGAGACCACUUCACCUUAUCCAGUUAACAUGCUGCCAACUACAGUGCCACAUGAGAGGCCCACAGAAGGUGGAACAGGUAGUUUCCAAGAUCAUCUUGGGGCUCUAAAGGAGUCUACCUCAAAAGCGAAUAGAAGAAAAGCCACUGAAAAUAUGCUUGUAGAUCUAGACAAUGAUAUGGAUUUACUACUGACAGUUACUGAGAGUAGCAACCUUGAAAUUCUACCUGAGCUAACAUCAGACAAAAAUACUAUUAUAGACAUCGAUCACACUAAACCUAUAUAUACAGAUAUUCUUGGAAUGCAAACAGACAUAGAUCCAGAGGUACUAUCAGGACCACAUGGAAGUAAUGAAGAAAACACUCAAGUUCAAGAGAAGAUGGCUGCUGAUAACCUUUCUUUAACUGAGGAACCAUCGGAGGGUUCUGGUGAUACGUUUACGGCUAGCAAUACUCAGCCAACACACAGCGAAUCCAUGACUUUGGAAGACGGAAGUCUGUUAGAUCACAAGGGUUUUGACUCCACAGUUGGGACUCCUGUUCCCACCAGAGAAACAGAUACAGCUAUUUUACUUCCCACAGUACCAUCCCUGCCCAUCCCUAGUAAGUUUACCACAGCGAAUCCAGAGAUCAAAGAACCAGAAAUUAAAGCAAUAUCUCUGGAUGACCUAUUUGAAUCCAGCACUUUGUCUGACAGUCAAGCAAUUGCAGACCAAAGUGAGAUAAUAUCAACCAUAGGCCACUCAGAAAGGACACAGGAGGACUUGGAAGAAAAGAAAUAUGUAGACUCUGCUUUUCAGCCAGAAUACUCUUCAGGAGCGGAGGAGGCAUUGAUAGACCCCACUUCCUAUGUAAGUAUGGCUAGUAUCCAGCACAUGUCUCAGAGUUUAACAGAAGCACCUCGCGGGCUGGGAGUAUCCAGUCCCUCCUAUGACACUGACACAGCGCCUGCAGUGUCAGUGUCUAUGCAGCUGCCUUCUCAGAUGCCGUCCUUUCCAUUCCCUGCCUCCUCAGGCAGCAGAGCCCCUGAACACGCAGAGGUUAUUGAGCCAAGUGCGGCAGCAGCUACUGAAGCUGGCUUAUCUCAGAGGCCUCCAGAGGUUUCUUUGAAAGAAGCUCAUACAAAGAGCGACACCACUGUCAAGCCAUCAGUUGAAGGAGGCGUUCAUAGAACCGAGGCUCCAUUCGUAUCUCCUGACACAGAACUUUCAGAAGAUAAACCUACGUUGUCAGAAAACACGGAAUCGACUGCUGAAGAAGAAACAGAGUCCUCCUAUGAUUCAACAGACAAAGGCAGUUAUCUACUCUCUGGGGAAAGAAUUGAGGUGUUUAUCAGUACCAGAAUGCCUGAGGCUGACACCAUUGUAACAGCUGCUGGUGGAAAUAAGUUAGAAGGUGCUACACAGUGGUCACACUUUACUUCUGCUUCUGCGACUUUCAGGGAUGAGGUGGUGCCUACGCCCAGCCCCCAGACAUCUGAGAGACCCACCAUCCCUCCUUCUUUGGAAAAAUACCCCAAAACUCAUGCAGCUUUAAUGAGAGGGCAGGGUUCCAUAGUGGCAACACCAGAAAAGCAAGUGGAAUCAAGAAUUCUUGAUUCCAAUAAUCAGGCAACAGUAGGUACUGCGGAAUUAAAUACUGAGCUUGCAGCAUCACCACUUUCCCUUCUGGAAACUAAUGAAACUGACUUCCUGAUUGGAAUUAAUGAAGAGUCGGUGGAAGGCACAGCAGUCUAUUUACCAGGACCGGAUCGGUGCAAAACAAACCCGUGCCUGAAUGGAGGCACCUGCUAUCCUACUGAAACUUCCUAUGUAUGCACGUGUGUGCCAGGAUUCAGCGGAGACCAGUGUGAGCUGGAUUUUGAUGAAUGUCACUCUAACCCUUGUCGGAAUGGAGCCACGUGUAUUGACGGCUUCAAUACAUUUAGAUGCCUCUGCCUUCCAAGUUAUGUUGGUGCACUUUGUGAACAAGACACUGAGACAUGUGACUAUGGCUGGCACAAAUUCCAAGGGCAGUGCUACAAAUACUUUGCCCACCGACGCACGUGGGACGCAGCUGAAAGGGAAUGCCGUCUGCAGGGCGCCCACCUCACCAGCAUCCUGUCUCACGAAGAGCAAAUGUUUGUGAACCGUGUGGGCCAUGAUUAUCAAUGGAUAGGCCUCAAUGACAAGAUGUUUGAGCAUGACUUCCGUUGGACUGAUGGCAGCACAUUGCAAUAUGAAAACUGGAGACCCAACCAGCCAGACAGCUUCUUUUCUGCUGGAGAAGACUGUGUUGUAAUCAUUUGGCACGAGAAUGGCCAGUGGAAUGAUGUUCCCUGCAAUUACCAUCUCACCUACACCUGCAAGAAAGGAACAGUUGCUUGUGGCCAACCCCCUGUUGUAGAAAAUGCCAAGACCUUUGGAAAGAUGAAACCUCGUUAUGAAAUCAACUCCUUGAUUAGAUAUCACUGCAAAGAUGGUUUCAUUCAACGCCACCUUCCUACUAUCCGAUGCCUAGGAAAUGGAAGAUGGGCAAUGCCUAAAAUAACCUGCAUGAACCCAUCUGCAUACCAAAGGACUUAUUCUAAGAAAUACUUAAAAAAUUCCUCAUCAACCCAGGACAAUUCAAUAAAUACAACAAAACAUGAUCAUCGUUGGAGCCGGAGGUGGCAGGAGUCGAGGCGCUGAUCCCUUACAUGGCGGACAUGUGUUUUCAUCAUUACAGCCAAAGUCCUAACUUCUUGUGCCUUUCUUAUCACCUCGAGAAGUAUUAUCAGUUGCUUUGGAUUUUUGGAUCACCAUCCUGUCAUUUUGGGUGGCUGUGCCUCCAAGAUGUUUUCAGUGGAAGUAUUGACACUCAAAAAAGAAAGUGAACAAAAAGGAAAGGGAAUGUGGGCAGAAAAGAACCAUUUCCAGCCUACCUAAUUUCUUUAGCUUUCUGUUUGUCUCCAGUGCAGAGCAUUUCAUCCCAUACUCCAGCCUUCUACUAUUAAAAAAGCUUCUACUAUUUAAAAAGCUUAAUUCCAGCACCGAUGGCCAUGUAAAUAAGAUGAUUUAAUGUUGAUUUUUUUAAUCCUGUAUAUAAAAUAAAAAAAAAUCACACUGAGUUUGGGCAUAUUUAAUGAUGAUUAUGGAGCUUUCGAGGUCUUUAAUCAUUAGUUUGGCUGCUUUCAUAUAGUUUGUUUAGGCUGGAAAUGGUCUGAUUUGCUCGUUUUGUGUGUCACCAAGACUGAGGAUGGCUUUUCCUGGACAUCUAGCAGACAAGAGCUUGUAGGUCAAUGCGCCUGCCUCCGCCACUGGUGCAGUACGCGUCUUCAGAAUGCUGCGCCUGGCCUAAUGAGGUCCUGAUGGAUGAACUCCAGUGUGGAACUCUUCUUUGCUGCAUUUCUUUUCCUUCACCUACAAGAAAGGCCUGAAUGGAGGACUUUUCUAUGACCGGGAGCAAUUUUUAAGGGUCAAAGUGCUAAUUAUUAACUCAACCAGGUCUUCUUUUUAAUGGCAUUCAUAACACUAACUCUGGUAAAGUUUCAGCUCAAGGCAUUGCAAAUGGAUAGAGACCAAGGGCUCUGGAGGGUGGGGGAUUGUUAGAACAACAACACAUACGUUGAAGAAAACCCUGAAAUUUUGUAUAUAUAACCAUUUUAAUCUUUUAUAAAGUUUUGAAUGUUCAUGUGUGAAUGCUGCAGCUGUGAAGCAUACAUAAAUAAAUGAAGUAAGCCAUACGGAUUUAAUUUAUUGGAUGUUAUUUUCCCCAAGACCUGAAAAUUGAUAUAGUAUGCUAGAGGUUUUUUUUUUUUUUAACUGUAAACUUUUAUACGUACCCAGCUUGGAACCAUAUAAUUUAGGUACUCUGUCCCUGAUUAAAUAAUGUGAUGGAUAGACUGCGUGAAGUUCUUAAAAUGAAGAGUGAAAAAGUGUUUAGCUUUCAGCAAGUGAUGUUUUCCCAUUCUAAGCAACAGCUUAUGUGUAGAAAUAGUGCUGACAUUUCUUCCUGUUAGGUGGAGUAUGUGUUUUGGAAUUUAUGCUGACCUCGUCCCACUCACUUUUCUCCCUGCUAUUGGAAUAAAGUGACUAUUAAAGAUGACUUUGAAUCCUUAGCCACUUAAUUUAAUGUUUAAGGAACAAAAAUAAUAGAACAAAGACAUUUAGGACACUCCUUGAUUUUAGCUAGAGCAACAUUAAGACUAGCCAGCAAACAAAAUGCAAAUUGAAAUGAUAGAUUUUGGACAAUCUAGAGAAUAUUAGCCUGGUUUAAAUAUUACACAAGGCACACAAGUAUUGGUAAAGCACAUGGCACCUCAUAAAUAUAUAAAACUUUUACAUGUCUCAUGUAUCUGCUGGAAUACAUUUAAUUUAAGUCUUUAGAAACAAAGAAGGAAAAUAGAGAAGUAAGCAGACUCAGCUUGGUCCAACACUGAUUCUUUUCAUGCAUCUUCCUUUAGCCUAGGAGGAAUGACUACAGCUCAAUGACACCCAGUGUCUAAGAAAAUUCUCCUGCUUUUUGCAUUAGAUGUCAUCUACCCAAGGGCUUUGAAACACAAGAAAACACUGUGCUAAUUGAUUCAGUUUUAGUUUUUCUUUUUUCAUUACCAUGCACAUAAUACAGUCCUGUAUUUAUAUUAUAACAUGUAUAGUGUAAAAUGUGAAUGACCUUUUCUGUGAAUGAGAAUCUAAAAAUCUUUGUAACUUUUUAUAUCUGCUUUUGUUUCACCAAAGAAACCUAAAAUCUUUCUUUUA